CAACUCGCCAUCCUUUUUGGCAUUCGCCACCCUUUAAUACCCUUCACGUUUAUUAACGCCUGUGACGCCAACUGCAUAGGAUUUAACCUUUUCAUUCAAGCUCUUUCGGGCGCACAAGCCUAGCCAUUCUCUCAUUCCCCCUUCUCUCCUUCUGUGUCGGUAUCUGCAGCUAUGGAGGAUACUGUGAGCAACGAUACAACCAUACAAGCGCCUGUCCGACCUCAGGACGGGAAGAUAGAAGAAAAGACGAGCGUCGUGCUUAAAGUGGGUAUGGUGGGCGACUCGCAGAUAGGGAAGACAAGCUUGAUGGUCAAGUACGUUGAGGGCAGUUUCGACGAGGAUUACAUCCAAACAUUAGGGGUAAACUUCAUGGAGAAAACCAUCAGCGUACGAAAGACAACCAUCACAUUCUCUAUCUGGGACUUGGGAGGGCAACGAGAAUUCGUCAACAUGCUCCCCUUGGUCAGCAACGAUGCGGUAGCACUGUUAUUCAUGUUUGACCUCUCACGAAAAUCCACACUCAACUCGGUGAAGGAGUGGUAUAGGCAAGCAAGAGGGUUCAACAAGAGCGCGAUUCCUUUUCUGAUCGGAACAAAAUUCGAUUUAUUCGCCCAAUUAGGUCGUGAUGAGCAAGAAGAAGUGACAAAGCAGGCAAAACGCUUCGCAAAAGCCAUGCACGCGCCAUUAAUCUUCUCAUCCACAUCCGCCUCUAUCAAUGUCCAAAAGAUCUUCAAGAUCGUCCUCGCCAAAGCGUUCGACCUCAAAUGCGUCAUCCCAGAGAUCGACACCGUCGGCGAGCCCAUUGUCCAGUACCUCGACGUAUGAUGCGCCCUGGCUGCCAGAGCCUGCAGCCCACCGCACGCACCCCGCAGCUCGAUGCAUUGCGUUCCGAUGCGCUGCGAUGUAUACUAUUGCCCCCGUUCAUAUCGUUCCCUUUGUCGCGCCUUUCUACGGUACUUGCUGGGUCGUUGAUCCCUUCUUGGACAAAGUGUUGCAUCGAUUUGCUCUCAGCGCGCCAGCCUCUGCUGGCUCUCCCUCUCGCUCGGGCGAGCACCCGCGGCUCCCCGCCGACAACUCUCGCCACUCCCUCCCGACUACAUCUGAAUAACGGCAAAUGCAACUCGAUCAGAAGGCAUGCACGACCUUCUCCACCCCUGUCGGCUGGCUCUCGCACUCACCAGGAGCGCAAUUCUGGCCUGACACUCCCUUUCCUGCUCUCCGCCCGGCAUCCAGCUCCUGUUCCUGCUUCUCAGUAUCAGUACUUGCACAACCCACUUAUCUCUCUUUGCAUUUAAUUAUACCCUCACACUCAC